AUGUCGCAGCCGUCUGUCCUCACCCUCUACAAGCGUCUCGAGACCAUCGGCAGAGGGGCCUACGGUUCUGUCUCUAAGGGUAUCCAUAUCGCUACCGGGAACGUCGUCGCUUUAAAAAUCAUCGACCUCGACACUGCCGACGAUGAUGUAGGCGACAUCCAACGCGAGGUGGCAUUGCUGUCGCAGCUGCGAGAUGCUCCUAACAUUACAAAGUAUUUCGGCUGCUACAUGGAUGGCCCUAGGGUGUGGAUUGCAAUGGAAUACGCUGACGGAGGUAGCGUGCUGUCUCUGAUGAAGGCAUCACGGGGAGGGUGCUUGGAGGAGAAAUUCAUGGCGGUCAUCGUCCGCGAGGUGCUCAUUGGCUUGAGCUAUCUCCACAAGGUUCCUGUUAUUCACAGAGACCUCAAAGCUGCCAACGUUCUCGUCAGCGCGACGUGCAAGGUCAUGAUAUGUGAUUUUGGCGUGUCGGCGCUGCUGGCGACAACAUCAAGCAAACGGAACACGAUGACGGGGACGCUGCACUUCAUGGCACCAGAGGUCCUACAUACUAACCCAGCAUAUGAUGCCAAAAUCGACAUAUGGAGCCUGGGUAUCAUGAUAUACGAGAUGGCGAAAGGGUCUCCUCCCCAUUCUAAUCUUGCGAGUGCAGAAGCAAUUGUCGAUACUAUUUCGAAGAUGAAGCCUCCGCGACUGCAGGAUAGCGAAGCUGGAAAGGACAUGAGGGACUUUAUGGCAAUGUGUCUCCGAGAGCUACCCAGCGAGCGUUCCUCGGCGGACGAACUGUACAAAGCCAAGUGGAUGAAAUCUAAUGCCAAGGUUCCUAAUUCCAUUCUACAAGAUGCUGUUCGUCGUUUGCAUCAAGCAGGCCCAAGAGCGAGUCUGGCGGGACCUCUUGCUUGGGAAGUUGACGAGUACGUUGUGUAA